CUCUAACGUCAGUUAAAAAUUACAAAUAUUAUCUUUCCUUGUUUCCUUGAAUAUGCGAACUGAAAUUGAAAUUGUAUCUGCUGAUGCGCACAUUUUUGGCCUAGUACGCUACAGCGGCGAUUUGAUUAUCGCGACUAUUAAAUGCUGCCGUUUCUACGUGGUGGUCAAAGUAUGUUAAUUCAACACUUCUGUGUAUCUCGAUAUCAUGUAUAAGUUGAGUUGUUAGUGUACUACCUUUAUAUAAUUUCUUUAAUAACUAGGCAAAGUUAGCGGGCGAGAUUAUGAUCUAUGGACAAAGCAAUGUGAUUUAAAAUAGCCUUAGAUUUUGGCGUAAUAGUUGAUGUCAGUUUAUGACAAAGACUCAAUGCGAUGACUAGACAGUUGGGCUUUUAUGAAAGAAGUUUGUGACACGCUAAAUUUCUUUCAAGUGCACGUAUAAGCGGACUUGAAAAAUUAACAUACUCUAUAGGUUCAAAUGAGAACUCGAAAUCCGUGUGAGAAAUUACAAUUAAAACAGAGUUAAAAAUCAGUCUUACUACACCUAACUAAGGACAUGUUGCAUGGCUUGGACAUGAGUUACUUAGCUAAACCAAGAGAAUUGGCCUGAACCUUGACAACAGCUCUUAGUGUAAUCUCACAUUUAUCGAGUCAAAGUGGUCCGAACAGUUGGAAGCUAGCAAAGCACACUUGUGUCCGAAGGUGACUGAUGCAACGAACCUUCAAGCUACCGGCCAGUACCACCGUUUUAAGUAUUCUUAAUAGUUAUAGUAUCCCUAAUAUACUAUGCCCUGGGCAACCUACUACUCAACAACCUCGUUUUACUCCACUAAGACGUUCCAAAAAGUCCAACUACUGCAUCGCCAAUCUGCUGGAUGUAGUAUAUUGAUGGACCAUCAUCUCCAGUUGCAAGCGGAGAAUGGAUGUGGUAUACUUCGACUCUAUUAGAGUCAAUCUUAGAUGUCUUAACAGAAGUUCUAUCUGGUAGACAUCAGGUUAUUAUUGGUUGGCUGGUCUGAAUCGUAUCUGACUAGUAGACUUUCUAAUGUUGGGGUGAAUUUUAAAUUUUCUCUGGUUGAAGUAUGUCCUAGUGGGGUCUCCCAGGACUCAGUACUAUCACCUAUUUUCUUUAAUUUAUAUACUAUAUACAUAUGUAAGUUAUUAUUCUUCGUUAACAAUUUUGACCUUGGGGAGAAACUCAACCGUGAUGACUAACUAAAUUUUUUAGAAGAAUCAGACUUGACUUCAAAGUUGGGCGAACAAAACCCGGCUUAGUUUCAACAUUUCAAAGUGAGACACAUUGCAAAGUACAUAUAACUCAGGAAUUUCUCCUCUAGAAGUGUCUUAAAUUAAAACGGUUCUAGGAGUCUUGAUACUCUAUGAUCUAAUGUCGUAUGCUGAUUGUGAUGAAACUGCCUGUCGAGCAAGCCAUACACUGAUAACUUUAAAGCUCACUUCUGGCUAUCUUGAGAGCGAGAUGCCACUUGAUUUUUAGCAGUUCUACCUGACCCCAUUUAAAGUACGGAAAUGUAGAGUUUCCUUCUUCACUCCAAAAAGAUAAAAAGACUCCAAAACAUGUUCAGGGGAGAACUACAAAAUCUGUUUUAAAACUAAAGUUUAAACUUUGUGAAGAAUGAAUUCACUUGGUAUUGUUUGCUUGAAUCUUCCCAUUGAUGUUUAGGACUGCAAUUGAUCAGUCUCUUAUUAGAAUAUGUGCAUACUGUGCCUAUUACCUCGAUAUUGACUUAAGUCACAAGCAUUUUAGGCAAAUAGGACGAAACGCGCUUCUUGAAUCCAGCUGCUAGCCACUCAUCCAUCUUUGCUUUGUGAAGAAUACUUUAAAUCCCUAAAGCCUUAUCCACUAGGGCAUAAGCGAUUCAGAAGUAAUCUUUUAACUACUUAUAUUACCUAAAACACUCCUGGGGAUCCCAGGGAACCCCAACCAUGCUCACGUUUGUCUAGUUUUGAUCUAUUUAUUGUUAUAUGUACGUCAUAUCUUUGCAUCACGGAAUACAAGCAGCACGAAGUUCAACGUAAGCGUGAAUCCGUCUAAGUAGGAAAUGACAAAACAACUUUUCAGGAUUUCAACAAUGGUAUCAGAUGCUAUUUAUAUCUCAUCAAGUAGUUAAUAACUGGGAGGUCCUACUCGAACGUGUGGUAUCAGCCUUGUCAGUGAACAAUUUUGGAGAGAAGCUGGAUCUCCACUAGAAAACAGGAUGAAGGGAUUGAUUCAAGUCGAACGGCCUUUUAUUCUUAUUACCAAAGAAUGAUAUAUUAAAAAAAGCACGUAAACUUCUAUUAGAUUUCUAUAUGCCUAUAAAACUUCAUGCUUCAUAACACUUUCGAGAAUGUUUUGCUUCCUCAUUUAGCUCAGACAGUACACUUAUCCAUUGUGUGGUAAUUCUUCAAUAUAUUUCACUGAUAUUCGACGUGGAUGAGAUGGAAAAAGCAGUUUCACUGUUCACGAAUCCUGAUUUCAGUAUUAAAGAAUUGAUCAAUUCUCUCUAUUUGGAUACAUUAAUGAUAAGACAAUGUUUUCAAGGAACAUUUAUCUUAUUAAAUAAUAACUAUAACAAUGAAUCAGAUCAUACUUCAACGACCUAUCCUACAAAUUUAUUUAUUCUUCGAGAUAAUCACCACAUAAAUGUUUCAUCUCUGCUUACAAGUAACUCUGGUAGUAUAACUUCUUGGACAUAUUCACCAUUUUAUAUAAAUAAUAAUAUUGAUUGGUUACCUCAUUUUAUUAUUCAUCAAACACCUUUAUUAAUCCAUAUUCCAAAAAGUUCCAUAAAUCCAUCAAAUAUGGCUGUCCGUUGGUUAAUUUGUUUUAGAUUAUCUAUUAUGAUUAAUAAAAGAACUAAUUCAAAGGCUCAAUUUAUUGUAUCCCUUCAUCCACAUGUCAUUCACUCUUUGACUUCAUCUACUUCUUGGUUUUCUCCCAAAAUCAUGAUUGAUUUACAAAAAUUUCCUUCUAAUCAACAAAUUAAUCUAAAUUUAUUUGCUUAUACAUCAGAUAAUCUAUUUUUCAAUAAUGAUGAUCAUAUAAAUAAUAAUAAUAAUGAUCAUAUUACUAUUCAUUUAAGUAUUCAUAUAGUUCAUGGUUCGAGCUCAUGUAUAUUACAUUUAUUUCAUCCAUUUAUUAUAUCAUUAUAUAAUCUUAUAUAUAAUUAUUAUAAUAUACAAAAUUAUUUUUCACUCAUAUCAACAAUCAAUCAUACAAUUAAUUGGUUCCCCCUAUGUAUAUAUCGAUUUUAUAAACAAUGGAUAAUUACUAAAGGAUUAGUUACUACACAACAACAAUUAUUGAUGAUUAAUCAAUUAGAAUUAAAAUUAAAUAAAUUAUGUAUAUGGAAUAUAUAUAAAUUAAAUAAAUAUUUAUUAUUAUAUUUAAUUACAAAUGGUAUAUUUAAAGGUAUAUGUAUAUAUGUAAAUAUGAAUUAUAUUAUAUCGAAUCAAUUAAUGAUUGAAAUACGUUCUAAUUCACAUACAUUACUGCAUUUAUUAGAUCAAGUAUUGUUUACUCGAAAGUACAUCGAUGAUUUUCAUUUUAUUCCUUAUAAUCAAUCAAUAGAAAAUGAUACAAAGUUAAUCAAUAAUAAAACAUUUAAUAUAGAAAAAUCAAUAACUGAUACCUUAAAUUGUUUAAUUAAUGAAAUUGAAUAUCUUAUUCAUCAAAUAACUCAACUUAUUGAAUAUACAAUGAAUAAACGUAUCCCUGAAUUACCAGUAUUUUUCAAAGAUCUAACAAAUCAUCUUGAUAUUGCAUAUCGUUCUACUGAAUGGAGAUCCAUAGUUCAUAAAGCAAGUACUAUACCAGUUGAUAAUAUAUUGCCAAGUAUGGAAUAUACUCAAUUACGUCUAAAGACAGAUGUCAGCUUUAAAAAUCUUUGUUUUGUAAACAUAUCAGAUGAACACUAACAAAAGUAGUUUGUAUCUAUGUAUACGGUGUAAUCCCAUAAUCAAUGACUUCAUAGACUGAUGGCAAGUUUUGGUUUAGUUACACCUAGUUUUUUUUAAUCGUAUUCCUACAUCAAUAGACAUUGUGCAUCGAUAUAGACUGUUGUUGUUGUCAAACAUACCCAACCAUCACAUUUAAUGAGCAUUCACUAUCCCAUUAUCAAUCGAUUUGCAAAUUCAGAUUACCUUUUUAUGCAGGUGUAUACACUCUUUAUAUUCCAUUAAACCUUCAGAUUAAAAUUGAUUUAUAUCUGUCUUCUUUCCUAUAUAUAUCCUUAUAUACAACCUAUUUUUAAUAUACUACCACCACUAAAUUAACUACUUCUAUGAAUUUGGUGUUCAUCUUGUUGUGCUAAUGAGUAAGGUAUGGCAAGUUGAACCGAUGCAUAAAUGUGCCUGGUCCUACGUUGUAGCUGACUGACUUCUAUGCUUGAAUAUCAAAACUUACUUAAUGAAAUGUAUAAGUUAGUCUGGUAAUUCAACAAUUUCUGUUAUUCUAUAUUUCAUUGAUUAUGUAUCUUUUUUUUUCAUGUUAAAACACACAUCACUAUCUAUAUUUGAUGAUUGUUUUACUAUCAAAAGUGAUUAUACAAAAUGAACAUUUUACAACAGAUGAUUGGAGAUGAGAACUUUUGUCGAAUGCAAUAGGGUUUUCCCCUUUUUUUUGGAAAUACUCUAUUAGAAAUGGGUUUUAUGGAGAUUUCAGUAUUUUUUUCAUAGUUGAAAUCAUGAGUCAAUUGAAGCUAGAUCACCACCAAGGAAAACCUGGAAACACUGGAUGGCUGUUUCGUUCUAUU